AUGUCUGUUAUGUCUGCCAACAACAGCGCCAAGCGGCCCAUGGGCCAUGCCGAUGGAGUGGAAGGCCCUGCAAAGCGCAUUACUCGAGCAGCCACCACCGCAUCGCCAGCCGCGGCCUCAGCCUCAGCUCCGGAAGACCUGCUCAACAAGGGCAAGAUCAUCGCGAUGUACAACCAUAAGGGUGGUGUUGGGAAGACCUCCAUGACCGCGAGCCUGGGAUGGGCGCUGGCCGACAGCGGAAAGAAGGUUCUCCUUGUGGACGCCGAUCCGCAGUGCAACUUGACCGGCUUUCUGGUUGACCCGGGCUUUGAGUUUCUCCUCGAGCAUUACGAUGGAGAUGAACGGAUCGAUGAUCCCAUGCAUGCCUUUUACCACCAGGAGAGCACGCGCCGAUGCAAUUUAGCUGCUGCUUGCUCCCCACUUCUUGGGAGCGCGCAACAGCAACAACACUUUGGCUUGAAUGAGCGCGUCCAGACGCAGCUCUGCACGGAUGUGUUUCAAGUCUGCAAGCGCAAUCAGUUUGUGCAAAAUGAAGAAUGGCGAACUAAGCUGCCUGACGUUCCGGAGAAGCUCUUUCUGCUCGGUGGGCAUCCGGACACGCACAACUUUGAGCUGAAGAUUUCCACUGCCAUUGGCAGCCGCGAGGCGGUUUCUGCGGCCGACAACAUUGUUGGGUGCUUUGCUGGCCUGCUGCGCCAGAUCCAGCGUGCCCAGGGAGAAGAACCAUUCGAUUUCAUCAUCCUUGAUCUGAGCCCGAGCCGAUCGAUCGUCAACGAGCUGUUGGUUACCCUUGCCAAUUACUUGAUUGUGCCGUGCAGCCCGGACUUCUACAGCAACCUGGCCAUUGCGCAUCUGGGCGAAUUCUUGCCCAGGUGGUGCCAAUCGAGCAUUGCGCGGGCAAGCCGAGAUGAUGCGCACCAAGAUUUCAAAUUGCCACCGCGCAUGCCAAUCGUGCUCGGUCUGACAUUCAGCAUGUACCGCCUCGCUGCUAGCUCAAAGAAGACCCCGGAAACUGCUGACUUUAGGCCCGUGAAGGCCGCUUGGAAGUGGUUUCAACAUGUGCAAAGCAACUUCACCAUCAAGGUAGCCCCAAAGCUUGAGAAGUACUGCCUCGUCUCCGGGCUUGUGUCCAGGGGUGAGGAGGACAACGUGGAAUUGGCUUCCGUACCCUUCCUCAACUCUGCUGCCAACCUGGCCAACUUGAUUCACGUUCCCGGCUAUGCUUUGACUGGUGCACACGCCUCAAUGGCCGGUGCCGCUCAGACAGUGAUAUCAACUCGUGCGAUGGCGGCAGCUCGACGCGCCAUUGAACGCCUGAAGUGCCGUCUUCUAGCCUCAAAUGUGGUAGCGGAUGAAGAUGACAUCCGCGAUCGCCAGAAUGACCUGAUUACGAUGAUGCAGAAGUAUCCUGAUGAGACUGUGAAGGAGUACAUUAGGAAGUCACCGGGAGAUCGGAAGAAAUUCAUCUGCGUUCUCGAGGAGAUCCGGAAGACGGCAGGGAACUGA